GAGCCCGGCGGGGCUGACGGGACGCUGCUAUAUAGUAACCACCGCUCACUUGGGGUCGGGUAAUGGCCACUGGACACGUCGACAAUCUGGUCCUGCAAACUUAGAUUCUCGCCCUUACGUUCCCUUGAUCGCCGCGCACAUCACCACACCUUCAGCCACACAGCCACACCAUUCUCUGAGUUUCUAGUGACUGGCUGCUAAAGGACACCACCGUUUCCUUCCAACAAUGGAGCUCUACACAACUAAGAGUGAUGUGCUGGUAAACCCGAGGAGCGAGUAUCGAGUCACCAGGAGGUACCACGGGAAGGUGAAGGCAGUGGUGUUCGACUGGGCAGGUACGGUGAUCGAUUGCGGGGUGUUCUCCCCUGCCGGCGCCUUCAUGGAGCUGUUCAAGGAAGAGGGAGUGGAGGUGACCAGCGAGGAGGCCCGGGGACCCAUGGGCAUGCACAAGCGGGCUCACAUAUGCAAGAUGCUGGAGAUGGAGAGGGUGCGGGGAGCGUGGCUGGAGAAGAAGGGAGCACCUCCCACAGAUGGAGACAUUAACAGAAUGUACGCCAAGUUUGUGCCAAAGAACAUCGCAGCGCUGCAGACUCACUCCAAGCUGAUCGACGGCACGGUGGAAUGCAUGGCGGAGCUUCGCAGGAUGGGCAUCAAGGUGGGCUCAUGCACAGGCUAUCCCUCGGCCAUCGUGGAGAAGCUGAAGCCGCUCGCUGCCGCUCAGGGAUAUGUGCCGGACGUGUACGUGGCAGCUGACGAGGUGCCGCAGGCCAGGCCGAUGCCCUACAUGGUUUGGCUCAACGCGAUACGCCUAGACGUGAACCCGAUCGAGGCUGUGGUGAAGGUGGACGACACGGUGGACGGCAUCAAGGAAGGCAUCACCGCGGGCAGCUGGACUAUCGGGGUGGCCAGGACGGGCAACUACGUGGCGGCGACGGAGGAGCAGCUGGCCACGAUGCCUCGCCAGGACCUCGAGUGGCGACUGAACAGGGCGUAUGAUCUCCUACACGACGCCGGCAGCCACUAUGUGGUGGACUCUGUCAAGGACGUCCCGGCGGUGGUCCGGGAUAUCAACAGACGCCUGACUUUGGGGGAAAGGCCGUGAGGGGCGAGGCAGCUAAGGGAGGGAGUGCGAGAACAAUGUUAGGUACUUAGGAAAUGGAAAUCGAACAAAAAUUGAAACUGUAUGAGAGAAAGAUAAAAUAAAGAUGAAAGAACAAAAAUUGCAAUUAGAAGAGAGAAAGGGAAUACUGAUAAAGGAAGAAUAGAAGAGAACACGAACUGGAACUAGAAGAGGAAAUAAUACUGAGAAAAAAAAUAAUGGAAGAGAACAAAAUUUGAAUAAAAAUUUAUUCUGGAAAAGAGGACGGAAGUGAAUACUGAUACAAGAAAAACGGACGAGAUCACUCAGUUCCGUUAAGAAAGAAGAGAACGCGUCAUAUCUAUUCCCGCUACACUGAGACAACUCAUGUAAGGGGGGACUUGUAUACCUCAAAUACUGGUGAUACUAAAACUCUUCCAUUACGACGAUACACUGGAAUCAAAACUCAUUUCCUCUACAAUUUAAAUAAAGAAAAGAUAAGAAC